UUCUAUUGAAACAGAGUGACUCCAAGGGUGUAUUGCAUCAUCCAAAUUUUUCCAACUUUUAAGCGAACACAAUCCUGAAGAAAUCUGUUUUUUCCACCUGAAAAAAAUAGUCCGGCACCCCUAGCGCACCUGAGCUGCUUCAUCUCUCUCUCUCCCAGUUUCCUCUAGGCAUCUACCUGCUACCAUGUGUCCUAAUAGAGAAUUAGUAGGGGACGCUGGUGACAAUCCAUCUCUCCAGGAAAUAAUGAUGGGAAUCACAAGAUUACUUAAAGUACUCGUUGACUCGCAAGCAAAACAAGCAGAUUCUCUACAUGAAAUUAAGGAGAUAUUAAGAAGUAGUAGUAGUUACAAAAAUGAUGAGGAAAAAAAUCCAUCCCUAUUGUGUCUGAAUCAUCCAGAUGAUUUGGCAGUAAACUCGAACCUGCCAUCAGUAUCAGUGUACGAGGAGGAGAUAAUACGGGUGAUACCUGAUGAUCGUAAAGAACAAUAUCCGCAGCCAUUUGAACAUCGGCAACAACUGCAAUUGAGUGAUUUGUAUGGACAUCAAACUAUCAUAGACCAGGAGCUUCAGUCUGAUGAAGAGGGUAGUCAAGUGGUGAAUGAAUAUGUUUUGGAUGGAUACAAGCAGCUCUUUUGGGCAGCAAUAACUGGUGACUGGGACGAGGCUAGUAAAUUUUUAGAGAAGAAUCCAGAAGCGACUACGAAAGCCAUCACUACUAGUUUACAAACAGCCGUGCAUUUAGCUGUAAGUAAUAUGGUGGAGUUAAUGUUUGUAGAGAAGAUUUUAGAACUCACGCCCCCAGAAGUACUUGAAAUAAAAACAGCAGGUGGGUUAACCGCACUACAUCUUGCUGGCUUAUAUGGAUACGCCAAAGCCGCUGAGUUGAUUGUAAGGAAGAAUCCGAACACAACCCAGAUAUUAAGCGGGGACGAAUGUGAAUUGGUGCCACUUGAAAGUGCUAUUCGAGCAGUCACUGUGGGACAAAAAGAAACAGUCGAGUACCUUUAUUCCGUAACCAGACACGAGCACCCCAGUCCGUUCUCGGGUCAUCGUGGUGCUAGGCUAUUAUAUUCGACAAUUGAUGCUGGUUUCAACAAUAUAGCAUUGUCUAUUGUCCAGCGGUUUCCACGACUGGUUACCCAGAGGACGAGAGAAGAUAACAUAUGCGGAUUGGAAUUGAUGGCAGAAAGGCCAUUUGCAUUUCAGAGUGGAGCGAAGCUUACGUUAUGGAUGUGAACACAAAGAUCUGGUGUCAUCUGAGUAUUCACAAAUAAUGCGCGCAGAUUCAUGACAAUACAGUAAAUAAGCUGCGUCUGAGGGGAAUGGAUAGGUUAUGUCGAAUCCUUGACUCAGAGUUUUAAUACUCUUCCUCGUCUCAUCAACUACAAUCAUUGUUCUUGGCUCAUACAAUAAGAUAAA